AUGGCGAUGAUGAUGACUGGCCGUGUGCUGCUGGUGUGUGCCCUCUGCGUGCUGUGGUGCGGUGCGGGCGGAGGCGAUGCAGAAAUGAACGAUGAAUCAUUGGUUGAUUCACAGCAUGUAUCUGGUGUCGGUGAAAAAGCUCCAAAGGGAUUACCGGAGUCUGGCGAACGAGUGCCUGACAGCGCGGGGCAUUCUUUGGGCAUAAAUAAUGGGAUUAAUUCCAAUCUGCAAGAGGGGACAGGCACAGGAACAACAACAGACAGAGUUGUGAAGAAUGAAGAGGAAGAAGUAGAAACUGAUUUUGAAGAAGAAGAAGAGAGAAGUAAAGAAGGAGAAGAUACGGAAAAAACCGGGAAAUCUGAAAGUUCAUCGAAAGAGAUGGCAGCAACAAUACCAACAGCAUCUGUUCUCAGUGAAAGUGGUGGUGGCAUUCCUUCUGGUGUUGAUGGUGUUGGCUCGAGUGAAAGUUCUGACGGAAGUGAAGAUUUGAAUUUGGAGGUUUCUGGUCCUGUCGUGAAGUCUCCGCCUUCCAUUCCCAAUGGUACUGCUGGUGGUUUGCAGAAUGCCGACGGUGCUUUAUCGUCUCAGAAGAAUAAUUUCUUAGAAACAGGUGUGCAUUCAGGAACGACGCCUGUAGCACCCUCACUGCCCAAAUCACAGGCACCCGCGAUGCCAAAACCAAAAGCAGAAGAGCAGUCCCCCACUGAACAGGACACAGAAGAGGCCCAUUCACAGCCCGGAGAAGUAAAUGCUACGGCACUCAACAGCAGCCUCGGAAAUUUGUCGCAGGGGAAUAACAGCGAUGCCGGCACCAUGCGUGGGAGCGGACUGCUGCCGCUGCUUAUCCUUCUGCUGUUGGGACUGUGGGGAUUUGCGGCUCUGUGA